CCCAUUCUCUUCUCGCUCUCUCUCCCCAUAAGUUUGUCUGUACGCGAGAUUCCUAAUUUAACUAUAAUUUAUUCAAACAACUUUCGCGUCCGUCGCCAAAUCGGCCCUAGUCGGAGCUUCUCCUGGCCUGCGAAAUCUCCGGCGACAUCUCCGCCGACGGAGCUCACAAUGUUGGUACAGAUCCGGUGAGGGCUUAGCAUUUAUAGUCGGAGAUCUUUUCUUGUAACUCAUUGGCUCCGAAGAGGAGAUCCAAAUGAAUGGACUGAACAGCAGAGAGAUUCAAAAGAUGGAAAACCCGGUUCCUGGAUGCCUGGGAAGGAUGGUAAACCUCUUCGAUCUGGGAACAGCUGGUAGUGGAAACAAGUUGCUUACUGAUAAACCACAUCGUUACGCAUCCUCUCUGUCAAGGAGUCAAUCCGAUGUGGCCCAAAUGCCGAGUCCACCCUCUGGAGACCAUACAGAAGAUGAACUGAUUAUGUCCAAUUUGAGGAGAAGUGCUUCAAAUGGUACACCAAUGAAGAAACUCAUUGCUCAAGAAAUGUCGAAAGAAGAACAUAAACAGAGCCCCACCAAUGUGGUCGCCAAGUUAAUGGGUCUUGAUACUUUUCCGCAGCUGCAGCUCGAUAAUACUAUUUCACAGAGUAGCAAAUCCAGUAGCUAUUCGCGCUAUUCACCGAGUAAUUCAGGAAGUUCAUUGGAAAGCAGCAGAGAACUCAAAGAUGUAUGCGAAAUGUGGCAGUUGCCUCAGAAUGCAAACCGUUCGAGGGAUGAUGAGAUCAUGACAGAGAAACAGAGAGAUAUUGUCCGUAAAAAAUUCAUGGAAGGAAAACGAUUGGUAACGGAUGAGAAGCUUCACCAGUCCAAGGAGUUCCAAGAUGCCGUGGAAGUUUUGAGUUCCAACAAGGAUCUGUUUGUCAAAUUUCUCCAGGAAUCGAAUUCGUUCUUUUCUCAGCAUCUAUCUGAUUUUCAGCCUCUUCCUCCACAUCCUGAGACGAAACGUAUCACAGUAUUGAGACCUUCGAAGGCUAUUGAUACUGAAAAGUCUGUGGUACAAGACCAGAGGAACAAACAGAUCAAGAAAUCCGUUCAUGGAACUGGAUGGGACAACUGUUACCCGGGUCGCUCGUCAUCUUUUCUCAACCAACCGGCCAAAGAAUACGGUGCACAGCCAACCCGAAUAGUUGUCCUGAAGCCUAGUCCAGGGAAAGAUUUAGAUAUAAAAGCUCUGGCUUCAUCUCCAUCUUCACACUGUUUUGAUGAACCUGGUGGAGAUGCAGAGUCAAAAGUAGCGGCAAGGGAAAUAACGCAGAAAAUGCGUGAAAAUCUGAUGGGUCACCAGAGGAGCGAGACUCUGUUUUCUUCCAUCUUGUCCAAUGGCUAUAUUGGUGACAACAGUUCUUUCGAGAAGUCUGAUAGUGAAGAAUAUCCAAUGGGAAAUCUCGAGAAUUUCGAGAUCAUGUCGCCAGUCUCUAGGCAUUCAUGGGACAGUCUGAACAGGAUCGGUGGCAGUCCCUUCUCUUCCUCAUCUUUGAGCCGAGCCUCCUUCUCUCCAGAGUCGUCGGUAUGCAGAGAGGCGAAGAAGCGGCUUUCUGAAAGAUGGGCAUUGAUGGCACUUAAUGGGAGCACUCAGCAGCAGAAAUACAUCCCGAGAACCUCAAGCACUUUAGGCGAAAUGCUUUCACUUUCAGAUACCAAAGGUCCAACCGAAGAGAAUAACGAGGCGAGAGCCUCAACAUCAUGCAUAAGCAGUAAUUUGAGUCCAGAGGCAAGCUCAAACGGUCCUCUGAAAACCUUUGCGAGAUCAAAGUCGACUCCUGGUGUUAAGGCAGAGGCUGCCAUGGAGGUAAGCUUGAAAUCAUCAUGGAAAGUCUCAAACUUUUUCUUCUCCAGGAAUAAGAAAGCAAGCAAUCAAAAAACCGAUGUUUCUCAGUCCAGAAAUGAGACUUCUCCUAUCAUGCCUCUCCCCGGGAGAACUUGUGAAAACUGCCCGUCCCACGAUGCAUUAGGACGACGAAACCUAUUUCCUAGCGAGUUUUGUAUGCAGGAUGAACCGAGUUCAUCAAAGCUGCCAAUGGCUGGGAAUGCAGGUGAAAAUCUGGACCAGCCAAGUCCAAUCUCGGUUCUACAGCCGUCGUUUGAAGAGGAAAGCAUCGGGAUUCCAGAAUCUUAUUUACUAUCCAUGCUGAGGUCCCAAGGACUGGAGAUGUCUCUGAAACCCAAUCUGAUCGACAAAUCACCUCCGAUUGGAUCGAUCGCUCGGACACUCUUGUGGGACGGUGACUUAUCCACAGACAAAAAUAGACCCGAAACAGUGAUCCAGGAAGACGAUGAAGACUGGUACUUCUUCGUAGAAACGCUUUUGACCGAUGCAGGUCUCGGCAGAAGCGUCUCCUCUGACCCGUUUCUGGUCCGGUGGCACUCACCCGAGAGCCCCUUAGACCCUUCACUGAGAGAUAAAUACACCGACCAAGACAACAAUAAGGAUCCGAUCCAUGAGUCGAAAAGAAGGCAGAAGCGUUCAAACCGAAAGCUGAUAUUCGACCGUGUCAAUGCCAUCAUAGCAGAAACAACAACAGCAACAACGAUGACAUGUGCACGGACCAACCUGACGCUGGACAUGGUGGACCUUGCUUGGAGCCAGUUGAAAGGGUGGCUCUGUGGUUCAGAGGGCGAGACUGUGGAACCGAACAGCGUAGCUGCAGAGAGAGUAGUGAGGGACGACGUAGUCGGGAGGACAUGGCUCGACGGCCUGAGACUCGAAAUGGACGACUUGGGGCUCGAAAUCGAAGGGAAGUUGCUGAAAGAGCUCGUAGAGGAGACAGUCAUCGAUCUUAUUACGCGGUGAGAGAGGCAACCCAAUACACCAGAUUUCACACACACACAUAUACAGACAUAUGUAUGUGUGUGUGAAGCUAUGUAAUGAACUAAUGGGAAGAGAGGCAGAUGUGAAGAUGAUGUCAAAUGUAACAUUGAGGAGAGGUUUAAUAUUUAAAUUACUCAGCAGUGACAAUAAAUACGUCCUUUCCUCUGCU